UGUGUGGGUGAAGUUGGAACCCAGUCGCUGGGAUUCAGUAAUCUGAAAUAAGAAUGAACAAAGAGACAGAAUGUGAGAGUGCCGGAUUGGAGUCCCAGCUGGAGCUUACAGACGCCGAGAGGAGCAGCUCAGAUAUCAAUCACAAGACGCAGCCCAGUAAAGUGCCGGCGAUCUCCGCUCCCCCUGUGGCCCCCGGUCUUGGCAGCAAGUUCAAGUCUGAAGAUGCUGGUGACUGCCCCGAUGCCCCCCAGCAGGCUCCCCAGCAGCAACAGACCCACCUCCCGCAGGCUCAGCUCAUGCUGGCCAGCACCCAGCUGGCAGGGCUGACAGCGCUCCUUCCGGCCCAGCAGCAGCUCCUCCUGCAGCAGGCCCAGGCCCAGCUGUUGGCUGCAGCCGUCCAGCAGUCCAGCGCAGCCGCCGCGGCCUCGCAGCACCCGGCGCUGGAGCCUGCGUCACAGCCGUCCGGCCAGGCCGGCAGCCAGCCGCAGGCGCCCCCACUGGCACUCUCGCAGCCCGUCCACAUCACCGCCCAGGACCUCCAGCAGUUGCUGCAGCUUCAACAGUUGGUCCUCGUACCCGGGCAUCACCUCGCUGCCAACCUCCAGGGGCCCGCGCACUUCCUCCUGCCCCAGGCACAGCAAGGACAGCAAGGUCUGCUCUCGACACCAAACCUUCUACAGCUACCUCAGCAAAACCAAGGGGGACUCCUGCAGGCACAGCCCAGGCUGGGGUUGGCAGCACAGGCAGUGAACCGGCCAGCCCUGGCCUGCCCAAUGGCCCCCGAGCCCCACCCGCAGGGACUCCCCCACCCACCGACCACUAAAGGCGUGGAGGCCGUGUCCCACCAGGAGGAGCCCAGCGACCUGGAGGAGCUGGAACAGUUCGCCCGCACCUUCAAACAGCGACGCAUCAAGCUAGGCUUCACCCAGGGAGACGUUGGGCUGGCGAUGGGGAAACUCUACGGCAAUGACUUCAGCCAGACGACAAUCUCGCGCUUCGAAGCCCUGAACCUCAGCUUCAAGAACAUGUGUAAGCUGAAGCCCUUACUGGAGAAGUGGCUGAACGAUGCAGAGAACAUGUCUGCAGACUCGACGCUGCCCAGCCCGAACGCACUGAGCAGCCCGCCGGUCGGCAUGGAGGGGAUGGGGGGACGACGCAGGAAGAAACGAACAAGCAUCGAGACCAAUGUCCGCGUGGCCUUAGAGAAGAGCUUCCUGGCGAACCAGAAGCCCACCUCGGAGGAGAUCCAGCUGAUCGCCGAGCAGCUGACCAUGGAGAAGGAGGUGAUCCGCGUCUGGUUCUGCAACCGGCGGCAGAAGGAGAAGCGCAUCAACCCCGCCAGCAACAGCGGCCUGACUCCCCACACCCACAGCAAGCCGUCCGUCUACAGCACACACAUGGUCUCGCCUCAGCCCACGGGUUUGAACCUGCCAGUAUCACAGAGUUCCAACAGCCUCAGCACAACAGUUUCUACGAUGUCUGCCGCUGGCUCGUCACACACGCCGGGAGUAAGCGGGAGCUCCCUGUCGGCACUCAACACCUCCCCUCCCACACCCCCGAACAGCACAAACAGCAGCCACUCGAUGGCACUGUCAGCACUGAACACCAGCACAGGGAGUUCACUGCUGCCUGUCAACCAUGGGAUUAACGCCUCGUUGAUGGCCAGUAAUCCCUUGGCCACCAUCCAAGCCCUCGCGAGUGGUGGGACCAUUCCAAUUACCAGCCUUGACGCCGGCGGGAAUUUGGUGCUGUCCAGUGGCGCAGGCAGUGCAGGGACACAGAGCAUUGUUACCUCACCCCUCUUCCUCAACCACCCCAGCCUGCCUCUUCUCGCCAGUAACCCCACGGCCGUCAGUCUGGCUUCCGUCGCCUCUCUGCAGACGAAACCUCCCGCAGCCUGCAGCGAGCAGGGGCUGCCCGCCGUCAGCAUCGGCCCCGCCGGCUCCAGCGCAGAGUGACCGGGGCGGGGAGGGAGUGCCACUCACUCUGACUCCAGCUUCUCAGCUCCCUCUGGACCUUAUGGAGGAGGUACCCAGAGAGGCUGCGCAGGUCUGUGCGAUGGGGGCUUGCUCACAGCCUGACGCUCAACCUUCCGUACUUCGACAUGGAUCCAUCACCAUCCCCUUUGGUUUUUUUUCCCUAAGUUUUCUCUGGGAUUUGGGGUUUUAUAUCAUUUAUAGUGUUUAUUUUGUAUUAUUUCCCAGUGGGGAGGGAUUUAUCUAUUUAUUUACUGCUUGAAAUAUUUUAUUCAGAUACAAAGCCCUCCCCACACUACAAGACCAAACUUAACACAUCUUCUCUGCAUAUUGCUACUAUCCAGUGCCUGAACACCCAGUUAUAUCACUCAAACCAAAAAAAAAAAGACACAACACUUUUUAAAAAUGUUUCUCCGGCAUUUGAAUACUUAAAUUAAAACAACCGUGGGUUUUAAUUAGAUAUGAGCGGGAGACAGCCGUGUCCCUGCUCCUAUAUACCUCAUAGCCAGGGUCGGGUUGCAGUGGGAAACCCUCCUUCCUCUCUGCUCCCGGGUCUUCCCGUCCUCACAAACAAACCCUGGCUUUCCUCCGAGAUGUAUUUAAUAAUGAAACAAAGAUAAAACCAAAGUAAUGUUGAGAGGAGGAGUGGGCCAUUUCGACGGGAUGGGACUAAACAGGAAGUGGGGGGGUGGAGAGGGGGCCACCAGCUCCCAUCCUGAUCCCCGAAUCUCUGACCUCAGUUUAGCUUUUCGCUUCCCGCUUUCUGAUUUCAGGUGUUUAACUCUAGACUGUGAACCAGUGUGUACACUGUCGUGUGUGAGCCCAGGUGUACACCCUAGUGUGCGAAUCCAGGUGUACACCUUCAUGUGUGAAUCCAGGUAUACACAGUACAGUGUUAGCCUAGCUGUACAAAAGCGUGUGAGCUCAGGUUUCUACUGUAGUGUGCGAGCGAGUGCAUACACUCGUGUGCACGUGAGCGUGUGGACCAGCGUGCACACUGGUUGUGUGGGCCAGAUUCUAGGCAACUGGACGAACUAACACGUACCCUGGGCUUGAGUGCGUUUGUGUCUGUGUAUGAUCCAAAGUAUACCUGACUGCAUAGGAGUGUGGCGAUGAAUGUGUGAAUCUGUGUGUACACAAGCAUGUGGGACUACCGUAUGAAGCCCUGCAUACACCGAUGUGUGAAACAGUCCGUUAAUGAGUGCGUGGACCAGUGUGUACACAGGAGUGUGAACCAGCGUGUACGUGAGUACAGCUUUAGGAGAGUGUGUGCAGGGGACCAAGGGAGCCCGGCCCCUCCUCACUCCCUUUAAACCCCCUUUACACCUGGAAUUGAAGUGAUCCUCACCUACUUUAGAUGGAAUGUAUCUGUUUAGCUAAAUAGUUUUUAUAGAAGAAAUCUAUGUUCGGCUUUUAUUGCAUAUGUAUAAAAAACAAAAGAAACUUGACUUUAGACCAAAAAUUCUCCUAUCUCCACAUUAACCAGCUGGUGGUUGACAGCGCAUUCCUGAUGCACAGAAAUACCAAAAAAAAUCCCACCCACAGCUCUCGCUGUGGGGAUCUGAUCAAGGCUGAGUUCUCAGCCUGGUCGACCGUAUUUGCCUCACUCAGCACCGGGCUCCACCCGGUGGCCCAGAUAGCUCCCAGUGAAUCUCAGCCUCAGCAUCUUUAUCCACGGCCUCCGGAGGCAGUGGACACCACCAAUAUCGGUCAGAAUCAUCAGUAUUCACCAGCAUUACUACUGUUAAUAUAGCCGUUGUGCUGAAACAUGUCUUUAUUAUUAUUUAACGUAAUGGGUGGCUCUUAUUGUUCACUGAGAUUCACUGGAUUUAUCCAGUGUGAAUAUCCCAAAUGUGGGGAAACUUAUCUCUAUCCAGGGCUCCUACCUUCAUUAGGGAGGGGCCUUAUUUUGGAAUGGGCCAUUGCUCUUAGGUGGGGCUCCUGGCACAGGAGCAAGCGCACCUCAAAUUGUCCUGCACCUGAUCUCUCUAGGGCAGGAAAAAUGAGCUGAGGACAAAACUGUCCUGUGGAAGUCUGUCUGGUCUGGGCCCCAAGGUUCCACUCUGGUCCCGGGCACUUAGACUCCAUCCUGUGCCGAGAUCCACCCUGAGCCAGGAGGGCUUUAUUUUGGGAGGGCUGGGCUGCAGGGAUGAUUACCCUGCUUGCAGGGGUCUUUUCCCAGGGUUACAAGGUCUACGGGUCUAACCCAGUGCUGAGUGAAGACUAUCCCGGCCAAAAAUGUGCACAUAAAUAGAGUUUGAAAUAAACACAGCCAAAUAAACCAUGGACCCCGUGAGGAACGAAUGCGCCAAGAAACCACCCCGGCGGUAGGGAGAUAGCCCGUCAUAUACCUCAUGUACUUUGAUGAACCAAAUAAAGACGGCACGGGUUUAAGCACAGCACAGCAUGGGAACCCUGGCUUUGUGUGGGACCAGGCCAGGCAGCACGUGAAGGCAGUCUGGGUGUACUGUCCUGCCCUGUGCUCAGCUGCUGGCCCCGACUGACCACGAGCUCUGGUGUGACCAGUCUCGGUUACCUCUUCCACCCAGGGUCUGCAGGGCACAGGAACCCGAUCGAUUGCAAAACCUAUAGAGGAAUGCUUUUACAAAAUGCCUCUGGACAGUGUGCCUUGCGAGCCAGAGAAGAAAGAACACAUCCAUUGUAACCCAGGCAGAAAGUAAAUCCAAAGAUAUAAAUAAGGUGUCCAGUGUAAUUCAGAAAGGGAAGGAAAGAGGGACAGAAAAAGUGUCCAGUGUAAUUUGGAAAGAAUCCAGUAAAACCCAAAGAAAGGAGAAGAGUAUCGUGUGUAAUCCAGAGCACACAGCAUCGCCCUGGGAAAAGGGUCCAGAAAGAGAACGGUAGUGUUAACGAGAGGGAGAUGACAGUGUAAUCCAGAAAGAAGAACAGAGGAGCCUCUGGCGUAAUCAGAGAGUGAGAGAGGAAGAGAAGAGCACUCGAAAUGCAAGUCAGAAGAGAGACAGAUAUUAAAGUGCAUCCAGUGUUAACCAGAUAGACAUAAGCAUGAAUGGCAUUUUACACAUUUCCUCGUUCACACAGCGCACACAGAAUGCCAGCAUCGAUGGAAAAGAGUCCUUAUGAAGGGUCUUGACUCGAAAUGUCAGCUGUGCUUUUUUCCAUGGAUGCUGCCUGGCCUGCUGAGCUAACCUGGCAUUUUGUGUGCUUGGCUCGGAUUUCCAGCAUCUGCAGAUUCUCUCUUGUUUGUGAUUCCCUCAUUCAGUCCAGAGACAGGGAGCAAGAUCUGAUUUUGGAACUGCGAGGUUUGAGUGUCACCCAAAUUCGGGAGUGCGGGAAUCCGGUGGGAUCCAGAUCAGAAAGAGCGAAAGGUGAGGAGACGUUGUUGAGGGUGGGUUUGGCUAGGACUGAGCAGUAGUUAGUGAAGCCCUGUCGCUGUCUGGGCACUGUUCAGUUCCUCCUCCAGUGGCCGGCUGGACUGGGGCAGGCCACCGUGUUCUUCCCAGCAGAUUGUACAAGGCAGCCUCUCCAUGAAACAGGGUCCCCGACUGACGCUGUGCUGUGCUCUGAUCUUGUGCAGUCGCUUGCGAUUUCUGGACACCGGGAAUCUCUCCAGUCUCUGUGGGCGGCAGGUCACACUGCAAGUGUCUUAAUGCUUCCCUCAAACCAGUAACCAAACAGAAAAACACUUUAAACCUAAAUCAAACAAACCUCGAAAGGAACUUACCAAAGGUUACAUCGCCAGUAUACCUGGGCAAAGACUUGUGUUCCCAACGGCUUGUUCUGGGAAACAAAAUAUACAAAGAAAAGCUUGGUGACUUUUUCUACAACCAAAGACAGGGCAACUGUGGUACCUAGU